CACCGUUAUCUUGCGGCGCGCGGCGGGGCUCGUGCAGGGCUGCGCUGUCAUGGGCCGCAGGCAGCGCGACCGCCGGCGGCAGCAGCAGCAGCAGCGCCGGGAGCGGGGCGGAGGCGGGGACGGGCAGGGCCGCGACCCGGCGGGCUGGGCCGGCGGCUACCCCGAGAUCGUGAAGGAGAACGCGCUGUUUGAGCGCUACUACGCGGCGCUGCGCAUCGUGCCCGAGGGCGAGUGGGAGCCGUUCAUGGCGGCGCUGCGGGAGCCGCUCCCCGCCACCUUCCGCAUUACGGGCUACAAGAGCCAUGCAAAUGAAAUUCUCCACUGCUUGAAGAACAAGUAUUUCAAGGAGCUGCAGGACCUAGUAGUGGAUGGUCAGAAAAUUGAAGUGCCACAACCGUUAAGCUGGUAUCCAGAAGAGCUAGCAUGGCACACAAACUUGAGCAGAAAAAUCUUGCGGAAGUCACCAGAACUAGAAAAAUUUCAUCAGUUUCUGGUUAGCGAGACAGAGUGUGGAAAUCUUAGUCGCCAGGAAGCUGUCAGUAUGAUUCCUCCCCUUCUGCUUAAUGUUAGUCCUCAUCACAAGAUUCUAGAUAUGUGUGCUGCGCCUGGGUCUAAGACUGCACAGCUAAUUGAAAUGUUGCAUGCAGAUAUGAAUGUUCCUUUUCCAGAGGGAUUUGUAAUUGCUAAUGAUGUUGACAACAAGCGCUGCUAUUUGCUGGUUCAUCAAGCUAAGAGGUUAAACAGCCCUUGCAUCAUGGUGGUGAAUCAUGAUGCCUCCAGCAUUCCUAAUCUACAAAUGGAUGUUAAUGGGAAAAAGGAAAUCCUUUUCUAUGACAGGAUAUUAUGUGAUGUUCCCUGCAGUGGAGAUGGAACCAUGAGAAAAAACAUUGAUGUGUGGAAAAAAUGGACAACGCAAAAUAGCUUGCAGUUGCAUGGGUUGCAGUUAAGAAUUGCAACCCGUGGUGUUGAACAGCUGGCAGAAGGUGGCAGGAUGGUUUAUUCUACAUGUUCACUGAAUCCUGUUGAAAAUGAAGCUGUCAUCACCUCUCUGCUGGAGAAAAGUCAAGGUGCCUUAGAGCUUGCUGAUGUCUCUUCUGAGUUGCCAGGUUUGAAAUGGAUGCCAGGAAUUACACAGUGGAAGGUAAUGCUAAAAGAUGGGCAGUGGUUUGAGGACUGGAAAGAGGUGCCUUCUAACAGACAGGCACAAAUACGACCUACCAUGUUCCCAAUAAAAGACAAGGAAAAACUGAAAGCAAUGAACCUGGAGCGUUGUCUUAGGAUACUGCCACAUCACCAGAACACUGGAGGUUUCUUUGUGGCUGUAUUAAUAAAAAAGUCUCCAAUGCCCUGGAAUAAACGCCAGCCUAAGCUUCAGUGGAAAUCGUUGCAGAAAACAGGAGAUACUACAGUACCUACCAGCGCUACAGAAGAUGGCGCUGUAGAAACUAUUGAAGAACAGCCUCCUGAAGACGAACAGGCAAGGGAAGUUCAGGACUCGCUGAACUCAGAGUGUGAGCAAAGCAAGAAGGAUGGAGUAUGUGGACCACCGCCGUCGAAAAGAAUGAAGUUGUUUGGUUUUAAAGAAGACCCGUUUGUGUUCCUUUCUGAAGAUGACCCACUGUUUCCAUCCAUCCAGAAAUUUUACGCAUUGGAUCCUUCAUUUCCUAAAAUGAAUUUACUUACUCGGACUCAGGAAGGAAAGAAGAGGCAUCUGUACAUGGUUUCUAAGGAACUAAGGAAUGUACUGGUGAACAACAGUGAGAAGAUGAAGGUUAUUAACACAGGAAUAAAAGUUUGGUCUCGUAACAGUGAUGGUGAGCAGUUCGGUUGUGCCUUCAGACUAGCACAAGAGGGAAUAUAUACACUGUACCCAUUUAUUAAUGCAAGGAUUAUAAACGUUUGCAUAGAUGAUGUUAAAGUGCUGCUUACCCAAGAGAAUCCAUUUUUAAGUAAAUUUAGCAAUGAGACACAAAAACUCGUCAAAGACAUGGCUAUGGGGAGUAUAGUCCUGAGGUAUGAUCCAGAUCCAGACAAACUUGAUACCCUCCAGUGUCCUGUUGUGCUCUGUGGUUGGCAUGGAAAGACCUCACUCCGUGCCUUUGUGCCCAAGAAUGAAAGACUUCAUUACUUGAGGAUGAUGGGAGUUGAAGUGUUUCAAGCAAAGAGGAAAGAAGAUGAUUUGGGAAGUAAAAUGGAGGAAGGAAAUCAAGACAACAAUGCAGAACUGGUGGAGGAAGCAGCGGAUGGGGCAAGUAAAGCUAAGGAACAUGAUGUCCUGGAAAUGGAAGCUGACGUGGGUGGAGAACCUACCCAAAAGGUUGUGGAAAGCAGUGGGAUAGAACCCGAGAGUAAAACGGGCAGUGCCCAGCCUUUGAAUGAAAAUGCUGAUAACCAUGUAAGCUUAGAAAGCAGAGACACUACUGACCACAGUCAUGUCAAAGAUUGAGUUUUCAUUGGCUGAAUCAGUCAGCAUUACUUUAGGGAGAUUAACAGCUAGAGUUUAUUUUAAGCAUGUAAAUACAUUUUUAAGACCACAUUGCUUCUUGGAAGAAGGUUGAAGUUGGCAUGAUGUAUUCUUUUACAAAAGUUCCUCCCUGUUUUAUUUUUUAAAUAAAGAGGUAUAACGGUAUUUAUAAGUCUUUUAUUUUACCAUGCAAGUCCAUGUCUUUGGUGGCUUGCAUCCACUGCUGACAGUGGGCUGUCUGCCAGUAAAAUCUAAUACCCCUUGUGUUGAUGAAAGGAUUCAUAGGGGAAGACAAUCUCUGAAACCUUUCUGCAAGUUUAUCUAAGAGUCAGUUUUGAAUGACUACACACAGUUUUUUGUUUUGUUUUGGGGGAGAAGGGUAGGCUUUUCUUUUUUUUUUAAUUCAAAGCAUGGAGUUUUUAAAGAACUGUAAUUAAAGUGAAUGUUCCUUUCAGGUAAGUAGUGACAUUACAAUUGUUAUAUAGGUUAAAAAAAAAGACAUUGGGCAGAUAAGUUACCAAAAAUCUUGUUUUACUUUGAGUGUACUCAGUGAAAACAAGACUCAAUGUUUCUUUUUCAGAAAAAAGUGUGUGUGUGUGUGUGUGUGUGUGUAUGAUGCAUACUUGUGGUUCAGAUUCAUAAUGGCAAUGGCAGAGUCCUGCCAAUUUAAAAGCCUCUGUCUAGACUCUCUAUCGUUUGUGGAGCCAAAUGCAUGGUACUGGGGUAUAUUAGAAGAGACUGCAACCAUCUCUUCCCAGUGUUCAUCAUUUGUCUCUGUUGUUCCUUUCUUUUGUCAUUGUACAGUUGGCCUACAGUUGUACUGUGUGAGACUGUCAGGUCCAUCUGAAAACAAGCAAGGUGGCACAGAAGGCACUCGUCAUCUAAGCAGUGCUCCAGAGCAA